AUGGCAGUUGGGGUCCACGCGUUCUACGAGGCGGUGGGCCUGAUGGUCGGCGCUGAGGGUGACGAGCGCCGCCGCAACGAGUACCUCAUGCGCCUCAUGGCGCCACCCAACAGCAUCUGGGCCGCGCUCAUGCAGCAGGCGUCUGCGCUGCCAGACGUGCUGAAGCAGCCUGACGCCAUCAAGUCCAUCACCCACGUCCUGGCCACCAACGUGUCGGUCUGCUCUUCCCUGGGGCCGCCCUACCUCCACCAGAUGCAGCAGAUUGCGGACAGCAUGCUGAAGCUGUACAGCGCCUACGCCGACCUUAUCGCCGCCGAGAUAGCGUCUGGCGGGCCCCACGCGGCGCGCAGCAGCGGCGUGAAGUACAUGCGGGGCGUCAAGAGGAGCGUGCUGAGGCUGGUGGAGGUGUUUGUUGACAAGUGUGACACCGAGGCCAUGGAGGCGCUGCUGGCCACGCAGUAUGUACCGCUGCUGCUGGACCCCCUGCUCGGGGACUAUGCACGCUCACCGCCAGACGCGAGUCGCCUCUCCCCUCUUGACACCCGCUGA